CGCAGCUAUUUCCGCACAUAGUGAGCUCUGGCCCGCGACUCUACGCCUUGCGAAAUGGUUUUUAUCAACGGCUAGACGACAUGUAUCAACAUUAGUGGUUUACCGUGCAUUGUUUUGGUCGUUGGACAUGAAACCCGUUCGGUGUUGGGGGACAAUGAGCUUAAGACUACGGGAAGAGCGAAGAUCUGUGCCGGGACGUGGGGUAACAAAUUUAAGUUUUGAACGGAGAUAAUCUGGGACGGACGGGUCAAACAAGAUUGAGUACAGAGUACAUAGAAUACGAAGGGACCAACGCUCUCGAAUAGGGAGCCAACGGAAUGAGGAGAUAUGGUCAUACUUACGAAGUCCGAACACGAACCGAAUGCAGCUAUUAAGGAGCCGGUCAAAUUUAUUCAAAGAAUAUUGAGUGAGAUUAGUGUAACAAACAUCAGCAUAAUCAAGGACAGGCAGAACAAGAGCUUGGACGAGGAGAGUUUUUGUGCUGACCGGGAGAAAAUGUUUAAAACGAUAGAGUGCUCUUAACAUGUUAAUUACUCUACGACUGACGUCGAACACCUGAGGUUCCCACGGGCUCACCUAUUGUCGAUUGUUAGCCCUAGGUUCUACACAUCUGUUUCAAAGAGAACAGGUGCCAAUUCAGCAGUAUUUACCAAUGCGAGUAAGCGGGUGCUGCCAAGUAGUGUUACGGUACCUAAAAAGACAAAUUAUUGGUAGGAUUAUGUCUCACAUAAACGGCUACUUAUUUACAUCAGUUCGUUCAUGGAAGCCCCAAAUGGCUAUUUAAGAGGUGUAUAAAACUUUGUCUUUGAUUAUUGAUUGGUUUUUAAUUUUCCCUCCUUAGUAACGCCAUGACAUUUAGGUUUUCCUUGUAAACAAAAACUGUCAAACGUGUAUGUUUUUGCGGUAUGGAAAUAUAUACGCAAUUUAAACAAAAUGGGUAUUUCACAGCGGAUCUCUAUCAUUUAUUGUUUAAGAAGAAGAUUGUGGACACAGAAGAAGUGAUAAUCCCGUCCGAAUAUGCUAAGGAAAUUAAACUCAGUACCCAGGAGCGAUUGCAAACCCUUCACAAAGUAGAAGUGGACAACAUAGUCACCGUGGGCGCUAAACACAACCCAGCCAGUGUAAUCUUAGAGUUCACGCCGAAGCUCCUCGUAUUUCAGAAUUUUAAACCAAAUGAAAAAGUCACUACGAAGUUUUCCGUUACGAAUAUUAGCAAGGCUUCCACACACUUGAACAUGAUAUACAAGGAGUCUUCGUUGAUCUCCGUGAAGCCGGCAGGCGGGAAGCUGCUGUCGCGGCUGGCGCCCGGCAUCAGCGUGACCUUUAACGUCAUCUUCCGACCCGACACGUUCACAGACUUUGCGCACAAGGUCACAUUUAGCACCGAUAAGGACCAGUAUGUGUUGCCUAUUUUUGCUAUGGGUCCUAGGCCUGUGUUUGAUUUUCCUGAUGAAAUUACCAUACCAGCAGCGCCUUUAAAAGUUCAAAAUCAUGUCAUUGUGUUGGUACAAAACAUUGGUUUGACGUCAGCUGGCUUCAAGUUGGACACGAAAUGUCCAUUUUCACUUGAACCAAGAUCAGUUUAUUUAAAUCCAGACGAAAAUGUUGAAAUAAAGGCAAUUGUUAAAACAAUGCGCCAAGGACACAUAGAAGGCACGUUAUUCGCAUUGUUUGAAACCGGCGAAAUAUUUAAAAUAAGACUUAUCGGAUCAACAUUUCUGGUCAGCAUUCAACUUGAAAAGCAGGUGGUCAGGUUUUUAGAAACAUACAAGACGAUGGUGCGGCAGCAAACCUUUAAGAUCACCAACAAAUCUGAACACCUUCUCACCUACAUGUGCAUGAAAAAUGAAGAUGUCAUACAAGAUUUUGACGAGAAAGUGAAACUAGCACAUAUACUUUACGAAUUUAAAAGAAACGAAUCAGCGAAGUGCCAAAAACUCGUAUACUACGAUGUUUUAAACAGUGACGAACAUGACCGUGUGUAUACUCGGAUAUUCUUUGACCAGAUACAUUCUCUCGUAGUCGAUGAAACGUUACAUUUCCAGGACACCCAUUUUUCUAUUACACCCAUUCAAGGAAAACUAUGGCCAAAUAAAUCGACAGAACUGACGAUAACUUUCAACCCGCAAGCAAUAGGCGAGUUUAGAGCUGUAGCCUACUUGGACAUGGACGGCACACCAGAUCGCAUGCCGCUUUCUAUGGUCGGGACCUCUUUGCCUCCGGAAAUCGUUCUCAAUUUGGAAACCUUGGAUAUGGAUCGUGUUUAUAUAAACAAGAAGUACAACUUUGAAAUACUUGCGAUCAAUAAAGGUCACAUAAACGGUGUGAUAGUAUACCAGGACACGCCGACACUGUUUGGCAGCCACGUGACGUGCUCGCCCGCACUGCGUUGCCUGCGCCCCGGUGAACAGGACAUCUUCGUCAUCUCCUUCAGCAAUUCAAACCAGGGACCGUACUUUGAGGAAGUCAACUUCCUCAUACGCGAUACGGAGGUGGUGUUGAAAUUAUAUUUGAAAGGAGAAGUGAUUUACCCGUCUGUAAGGUUUAGUAUACCCAGUUUGGACUUUGGGACUGUGAGCCUUGGAGUACCGACAACCUUAGAAUUUGACGUUAUAAAUGAAUCAAUUGUGGAUGUGAGUGCAUCAGUAAAAAUUUCAUCGGAUGGUCCGGAAGUGAGCAGUAUAAUGUUGGUUGACUACGCUUUGGCGGAAAUACCAAAGCCAGAAAUUCCUCAAUGGCCGAGAGAAUUUGACAUACAGCCAGCAAAAAUUUAUUUGGGGCCUGAAUCCAGGAUUUCUCUAAGGGUAACAUUAACUGCAAAUUUGAUACGAGCAAAUCAGACAUCUCUCGAAUUGGAGCUAGAGAAAUCGGACAGUCCUCCAAUUAUUUUACCAGUGACUUUCGACGCGAGAGUUCCCGAGAUCACUCCCGCGCCAGAUAUCAAUCUGCGCGCAUGUUUUUUGGAUUUUCCUUAUCAAUAUGAAAUACAAGUUCAAGCGAACGAGAUAAAAGGAUACUACACUCUUUUAGAGCAGGAAGAAGAGACGACGUUACAAGUCAUAGUCGGUAAUAAAGAAGGAUUUAUAAAGCCUCAUAGUGUUAUUACAUUUCCAGUUACUAUAAGAACAUGCGCUCUUGGUGUUCAAGAGUAUAUGAUCAGGAUAAAUCUGUUCGGAUUGUCAAAGCCCGUGGACAUAUGCCACGUUUUAGAGUGCGGAGUCCGGCCGAUCGUCACCUGCACUCCUAUGGCUCUGCAUUGGGGUCAGGUGAAGUUACUCAGCAGAACGCGGAAGACUUUAACUCUGACCAAUGAUUCGCCGGUCGUCGUGCACUACAGAGCUUCGGUGUUAAACCGCGACGGCAGAUGGCAGAUCCAGCCCAGCGAGGGGCAGAUCGAGCCCGAGAGCGAAACAGAUUUAUGUCUCACGCUUUAUCUGGUCGAUGCUGACACGUAUGUUAACAAGGCUGUGGUUCAGCUGGAAAGAGUUAAAGACAUUCUUAUCCCCCUGUCAGCCACUGGAGCGGGAACAAGCAUUGUAGUUGGUGAGCUACGUGAUCGAGUAAUUCUUGGGCGACAUUUUACGAAUUUUCCUCUAAACUUUAAGGUAGACAUGGAAAAUAAAGGAACGCGAAUGCAUGCUUUAGAAUGGAGCGAACAUUACAAAGCACCCAAGACGCAACCGCUAACUGCUGGUUUCUUUAACCUGGAACCUAGAGUUUUCAAAAUGGCAGCUGGAGAAAAAAUGGAAUUAACAAUAACAGGCGUUUCUCAUAAAGUAACGACUGUUAAGGAAAUGUGGUACUUAGUAGGCAGCGUGGAAGGCAUAAAUAAAAAAGAACUUUUAUUGGAGUGUGAAAUUAUUGCCGAAUUUGUGGAUCCUAAAAUAGAAGUGUCGACAUCACUCUUAGAGUUACAAUAUGAUUUUGGACCAUACAGCGAGUACUAUAAAUUAACUGAAAUAGUAACAAUUAAAAAUGUAUCUAAAUUACCUUUGGAUAUAGAUAUAAAUGUUAAACCUCCCUUUGUAAUUAUCAAAAAGAAGAGUACGUAUAAGGUUGCGCAGGAGGAUGCAAACAUGUGUGCCUGCAUCUGUUAUCGAGAGAGUGAUUUAGAUGUAGCCAAUAUCCUCAAACUUGGAGCCAAGCAAUCAAAAAUAUUCAUAGACUAUUUGACAUUAAAACCAGUUGAACCAUUAAGAAAGGGGGCGCUGAACUUUUAAGAUAUAAAUAAAAUUAAAAUGGCAUUUAAUUUAACCCAAAAUGUUGAAGAGCGACUAGAAGAUCAAGAAGUUAUGAAAUUACAGAUUUUGUUUGAUACUACAAAACACAUGAAUUUGAAAUCUAGAAUCUAUAGUGAUUCCAUGAGAAUUCAGUUCAAAGGGCAUAAAAAUAAGGAUGCUGUUAAAAUAAUUGGAAGAAUAAAUUUUCCCAAUAUAUUAGUUAUCUCGCCACGGAUAGACUUUCAAUGCAUUGUAAAUAGCAGCAUCGAAAGCAAAACAAUACAACUUCAAAACCUUACACCGCUGCUAGUUUGUUUCAGAUUCCAAUGGAAAAAGUGUGUCAUUAGUAGUAAUGUCAUGCCUGAAAUACCUGAAUUGCAGUUACCAUGUAAAGAUGGCGAUAUCAAUACUUCAUCAUAUUAUGAGACAGAUACGGGGUUUACAAAACCAGGAGAUAAACUAAAAGAGAUAAUGGGUGCGGGAUAUCGCGCUCCAUUUCACUCUCCAAAUAGUCCAAAUGAUACAUUGGAAAAAUCCGACCAAAAGGCAUCUGCUUUAACAUCAAACGUUCCGUUCAGUGAUGAAAGUGCUUUUAUUCCUGAAUCCGGAGAUGUGAAUAUACCAAGAACCAAAAUAAUUCGAAAAAUCGCUCCAAUGAUACCUUUUCAAUACGAUAUGAAAUUUCCUUGGAUUUGGAAAUUCCGUAAAUUAGAACAUGGCAAUAAAAUAGACACAAACCAAUUACUAAGAGUCACGCCAUUUAAAGGACUGAUGAAACCCAAUGAUUGCCAAAAUAUUCACAUCAUAUUUAAUCCAAGUUGGAAUGUAAAUGUUAAAGCUGUACUGGAAUGCGAAGUAUUAGGAGGACCAUCGGAGUUUAUUAGCGUCACAGGCCAAAGUUCAGAGAUAAAAUACAAUAUCAAUACUCAUAAGUUGAAUUUCAAAAUCCGAUCUUUCCAUGACAAUGAAACUGAGUUAUUGAUUUUAACUAAUACUGCAAGAUUGGUUUUUGAAUAUAAGACGUAUUUGAAUGAACCAAAGUUCGAGACUGAGCUCAACGGUACGAUACUGGAUCUGUUGCCUUCAGAAAGUACCUUACAACCAGAGGAGAAGAUAGAGAUACAGGUUGUGGUACGACCUGGUGUGCUAGGUUACUUUCACAGUGUUUUUUUGUUGGAGGUAGGGCAUCUACCACACAUCCCCAUUGAAGUUUUUGGUUGGGGAGUAAUUCCUCAGGUGUAUCUUUCCUUACCGAGGCCAGAAAUUGUGAAUCUACAACCUGAAACAGGUUAUUUAGCCAUCCCAACUUUGACUGAGGAAUACUUAGGGGCUGUAAGCGAAAUAUUUAGUCUCGCCAAUAAAGAUCACGUAAAUACACCUAUGACGGACGGCUGUUUUAACGAUGCUGAUUUACAACGCGAUUGGCACAUUUGCUCGGAUUGGGAUGGUUAUCCUUCGAAUAUGGAUAUUGAUUUAGCAAUUGAGAGAAUGCUGGUGAUAGAGCAUAUUAAAUUGCGCCCAGAAAUUUUAGUGGCAUAUUCCACAAAAACAAAGAUAGGUCCUAUUCCUGGAUUUCUAACAACACCGUAUGUCGUCGAUUUCGGAGUUGUUAUUACGGGUAGCACGGUUCAAUGCGUCGUAGAAGUAAUCAAUUACGGCCCAAUAGUCACGAAGCUGCAUUUAGCCAAGCCCAUAAACUUGCCAAGUUGGCUGGGAUUGAAGUUGUGCGGCAAGUUGAACCCGGGCGAGAGUGGUAAAAUGGAAGUCACUUUCUCACCCAACCUAGAAGAUUUCUAUGAAUUGGAACAAGAUGUUGAAAACACUUUCAAAAUAGAGGUACCUUAUGGAAUCACAAUUCCUGUUAAAGUGAAAGCACUUUGUGCUGUGCCUUACCUGGCAUCAAACGUCGAGGCCAUAGACUUCGGCUCAGUGAGAUGUGGAGACAAAAUAAUAAAUACAAUAUCUUUAAAAAAUGUGGGCAAACCAACAUGUAUCUGGUACGUCACAUUGAAACUUAAAGUUCAAGGACAUAAUCCUAUGACGGUGCUGGAUAAUUCUGGAAAAUUUGAGCCCGGUGAGGGUGGAUGGCUCAGCAUUGCUUUUAAACCAGUCACGGAAAUGGUUUAUGAAGGCAUGUUAUUAUUUCGGUUCCACAUGAAUCCCAGGAAAAUGGCAAUACCAGUAAGAGGGGUUGGCAUUAUACCUCAAGUCCAUGUCAUCGGAGGAAACGUUGCUUUUCCUCCAACACUGCCGUGGGCAGAAACAACUGACAAUUACUUCGGCUUAACUAACCCCUGCCCCUUUCCUAUAGAACUUAUAUUCGCACAUAGCGAUCAAAAGGGCCCUAAAACGCCUAAAACUGGAAAACAAAUAGCAUCGUCCAAAACGGCCACAGAAAUUGUUCAAAGAAAAUUUAGAUCUGAAGCCGAAAUAAUAGCAGAUGAAAUAAAAGCAUUAAAAGAUGACGGCAGAGAUCCACUUAAAGAAUGCUUGGAUGCAUUUGAUCAUCAUAGUUCUAGUAACGAACACGAAGUACAAUCCAAAGGACUCAUUGUUUUUGUUCAUGGUUCUCCGGGUGAAGGUAUAGCAUUUAGGAAUUAAGUAUUACCAGAUACUCAUACCUUUACUGUCCUUUUUAAUGCAUUUGAAAUUUUAGAAUUACAAUCACAAGAAAUGGCAUACACGAUUGGUAUGAGAUUAGGCAUACCGACAGUUAACAUUGAUAUGUGUAUGGUAGAAGCAUUAUGCUGUCUCGAUACUGAAGCCAAAGUAAUAAUAAAGAGUGCGAUGGAAGAAGCAUAUGAAAUAUACAAAAGAAGUAUCGCGAGAGAUGAUGAAGUAGAAAACGAACAUCCUGAAGAAUUAGGCGGUGAAACAGAAGAUGAGUUUGAUGUGGUUUUAACAAAGCUUCAAGCCUUAGCGAACAGUAAAAACAUGACUACACCUCGGUCAAAGGCUGGCGAUAAAAAAAAGAAAGAGAAAGAGAGCAAUGUAGUGGAAGCAAUGGGAUCUACGACGAUGUUUCAACAGGACUUGACACAAGAACUACUGAUAGACUUCUUUGCUCAGCCAAAAUUCAAUCGUGGGUUUGUCGUAGACUCAUUAACGAGUUUUACAUUCAACCAGCCAGCGAUAGCGCUUACAGCAAUUAUUAAAAGUAAGCACUGCAUACAGAACAUACACUUGAUACUGUGUCAAUCAGAAUUUAACAAUUGGGCGCAAGCAUAUGAAGAAGCUCAACGUGAAAACGAAUUGUUAGAAGAACCAGUGGAAAAAGUGUACGAGGAGGCGGAAAUAGUUGAGAUCGUAAAAGAAAUUGAUGAAAUGGAUGGUGACGAUUUUGAAAACUUAACUCCGGAAUUUAAAUCUCUAUAUGUCACUCAUGGUUUGGAUACAAGAAGGAAAAAGUUUUUAGAGAAGACUGGGUAUGUAUAAUUGAAAAGCACAAAAUAACAUUCAAAGUCGGCACUUCUGGUAAAAAGUUCAGUUGAACAGAAAAAGACAAAAAAAGAGGAAAAGGCUGGGAAAAAUACAAGUGAAUACAUGGAAAUGCUUGUGAAAUACAACGAGUAUUACAAAUUUACAUAUGAUAGCUUGAUUACUAUUGCCAAUAAUUGGGUAUUCGAAGAAAGUGCCGUUGGAUUUCCAUUGUACGCUUUAAACGGUCAAAUAUUGGGUAAUGUGCAGAAAAAACCAAAGACGAAGUCGGAAACACAUGUACUGAUGACAUCAUCUUCGACUUCGACUAGUGCAUUUCCCGGUCCGGUUGCGACACUUGAAAACUUAAGUAUGGAAAAAAGUGAAGAGUCAUACUACCCUAGCCCACUGCCACUGCAUAGCUUGAAAACCGUUCCAGCAUCCGCUAAACGCAUUGUAUUGGGGCCAGGAGAUCUGGUGCGGUGCAAGUACUCCUUUAGCCCGCAAUGGGAAGGCCACUUCAGCGUGAAACGGUUCGUGGAGGUCAGCGGGUGGCCGGAGUCGAGGGUUGAUAUUCACGUUACUGGCAUUUGCGACUUGCCGAGAAUAGAUAGCAGACCCAAGAAAAUGUUUGCAAAUUUUGUUAGAAGAGCAAACUUUGAAGACAACGUGUAUAAAAUCACGUAUUUAGAUGACCUUGACUUAUUUGAGUUCGGACCAAUUUUUGUUGGACAAAACAGAAUAUAUGAAGAAGAAUACACAAUUGAUUUAAAGAAUUCUUCAUUGAUCACUGCGGACAUUGUAAUUGAAUUUGCUGAACAGACCAACGUUUUCGAUCUGGACAAAACUUUUAUAAGUCUCGAACCCGGCUGCCGCGGAAAGCUAACAGUCACUGCAGCUCCGUCGGAAGUGGGUGUUCAUCAGAGCGUGCUGCUCUUCUGUGUCAAGGACAACCCUGAGAUCGUCACAGUGAUCAUCCAGUGCAGCGGCGUCGUUCCCAUCUUGGAGAUAUUGCCGUUGACUAAGAAUAUUGAUUACGGGAAGCUUUUAUUAUAUCGGCGAGAAGAUGAUAGAUUUAUUGUUAAAAAUGACUCAAUUUUGCCAAUAAUGUGGAAAGUGCGAAAUGCUGAAGAGUUUGCAGAAGACUUCAUAAUUUCUCAUACAUCCGGGAUCGUGCCCAGAUAUGACAACCAAGUGGUUCCAGUAACAUACAUCGCGUGUAGAGUCGGUGUUAUUUCACACAAGAUAUUGAUCAUAGACAUAUACGACGCGGAGGGACGCGGCAACCCCAUGGUGAUUGACCAGUUACAACUGUCGGCGGAAUGCUACGACGUCAUGGUGGAGUGCGCCUACGAGAACCCGGCCGACACUUGCCUCGACUACGGCAACGUCAAAGUUAACUCCACCUACUCUAAAAUGAUGUUUUUACUCAAUCGCGGCAAAUAUAAUAUUUACUAUAAGUUGAAGAAAGUGAAGAAUUUCCCAGAGCCGUCUCUACUAAGAUCCUUCGAAGUUGUCCAAGAAUGCGGGAUGAUCCCCGUGAAUAUGAAGUUAGUGGCUAUCGAGUUCACGUGCACGCCCACCACGUCCAUGAACCUGGUGAACGUGCCGGUCUACACGUGCUCGUUGCUCGACGGCUCCAAGAAACAAGUCGUGGUCGCCAAGUUCCCUGUUUGCAUCACUCUUGCAUCUUUCUAUAAUACAUUUACUCUUUUUCCAUUGGGCGAGCUUAAUUUCAACAUUAUCCCUAUUGGCACUGCGAUUAUGAAGGACGUCAUAUUAAAUAACACUAGUAAAUGUCCAGUUACUUAUGAGAUUGUUCUGCCAGAGGAGUACCAAACAAGUGCUGACUUAACAGUGAAGGUAAAGGAUAACAAGCUUAAAAAUCCUCCAAUGAAAUGCGGCAACUUUUUAAUAUUGAAUGAAGAUAACUUAAUUGCGCCUGGAACUAGUCGCACAAUUCAAAUGCAGUUUUACGCCAGCGGGCCUGGGAUGUUCAGAGAAACCAUUAACUUUAUAAUAAGUGAUACGUGCCCUGCUGAAGCUUGUGGAGUGCCACUCAGGCUUGUCGGCAUUGGAGCCAUGCCAACUUUAGAUUUUUGGAACACUGAAAACACGUUCCGAGAACAUUUGAUUGUGAAAAGCCUGUCUGAUUAUAAAGUACCAGAGACGUCUCCGCAUUGCGUUUUUGUGGAAAAUUCAGUCACUCUGCACUUUUUCUGCGUGAACGUGAAUACAACGUUCACGGGAGCGAUCGACCUUUACAACAAUGGAUUGGUUGCCUGUGCGCUCUCCAUGAAGCUCCUCACCGAACUGAAUGCCGAGGAGGACAUCUUCUCUUUGGAUAAAUAUGAGACACAUAUAGAACCUUUACAACACAAAUGCUUGCGAAUCAUGUUUAGUCCUAAAGCUUUAAAGGAGUAUCGAGCCAUUUUAGAAAUCAAAUUGAAUCUCCUUAACAACCAGCAACAGUCAUUUAGGGUUUGUUUGAUCGGGGAAGGCGUCAUACCGCGUAUAAAAAUGAUUUGGCCCCCGACGAGACAGUACAAAUGCUCACUACUCCAAAUGCCCGUCACUUGCUUGGGCUCCAUCAGCAGUCGCGAAAUUCGUUUUAAGAACAUAUGUUCAGUAAAAAGCACUGUAAUAUUGAACAUACACCAGUCAACAAUCGAGGAGAGGAAUGUAUUUUGGUUGUCAGCGGCAGUUAUUUCAGAAAAGAAUAUUAUUAAAUGUCGCAAAGAUCAAGACGACACGAGAAUCAAGUUAAGAUUGAAACCGGCCGAACUAGCAGGCGUUAUUGUUCAUUACAACCCCGUCAAAAGAGGGAGGACAAGUUGCGAAAUUCAACUAACCAUUGUUGACAACCCUUACGAGUAUUUUACGGUGUUUUGUGAAGCUGAAGGAUUUAUGGAAGACGUAAUAUUGAUUGGACUUGAAAUGUUGUCGAUGGAUGUUGACUUGGGGGCAAUACAGAAUCUUACAGACACGGAGUCAACUGUCUCGACCAUCGAUAGCAAAAAGAGAGCUGCAAAGAGAAAAGACACUAAAUCCAGUGAAACGAAAAAAACGAGGUCGUUUACCAGCUCGGUGGUCAUUAGAAACGAGCCGGCUUGCCUGAAAUAUAUUUUAGACUUCGGAGGGUGUGAAUUGAGUUACAUACAAAAAAGAUCAGUCAUCAUGGUUAAUAACUCAGAUAAAGUUUACAAAUUUAAAUGGGAAGAAGUCCAAAACUUGUUUGUUAAACCAUCACUAGGAUACAUUUCACCGGCAGAAGAAAAGGACUUAGAAAUUAUGUUUUUCUCGAGUCAACCUGUAGCCGUGAAAAAGGAACUUAUGUUCUGUAAUUUAUCGGCUGUCAGCGACAAUUCCCUAACUCUGGACAUUAAGGGGCCCACGUGGGACAGCAGGCAAACGGUCACCACGUUUGAACAUAAUUGUGAAACGUCUGUAGCUGAAAGAGCUGAGCGAGUUUUGAAUGAACAGGUCAUUGAAUCUCCUCAGGCACCGAUGGGUACUAUUAAAAUGAUAAUAAUGUAUUCUGUUACGACAGAAUAUACUAAAUAUACACACAAUUUGAAGGAGGAAGUUUCACUAAAAGAUACGUUUAUAUACCAGACAAGAAAAUUCGAUUUUAAAGUGACAAACAGUGGUAAAGUGCCGAUGAAAAUUACGUGGACUUUCCAAAUUGACGAAGAUUUCCCUACGACAAUCGACAAAAACUUAAAUAAAAAGCAAGGUGAGGACAAUAAGGACAGUGCGGAUGGCAAGGAACGCCAAGAAGCAGACGCUUCUAAUACUAAAGACUCCAGCAAAGAGACUUUGUUUAGUGAAAGUUUGGAGAGAUGCAGUGUAGACACCUGGUUCGAAGUCAAUUUACCCUUCAAAAUAGAACCAGCCAAGGAAUGCCUCCAGCCCUCGGAAAGUGGAGUUUUCACAGUUACGUUUUCACCUCUUGAUGCUUUCGAGUACAAAGUUUUACUAAAAAGUUCGAUUGAUAAUUUAGAUCCAGAUGAUCAGAAUAUGUUCUGCAAAAUAGUAGCAAAGUCCUUGGUGCCAUAUUGCCACCUGGAUAUAGAAGAGAGCGAUUACCUAACAUCCGGGAGGAGAAAAGAGACAGGAGUUGCUUUGCCACAACACAUCACUGUUAUAGAAUUCAAUGUGCUGGGAUCAGGGUGCUAUAAAAAGUCUUUCAAUGUUAUAAAUCCUACAAGUGAAGCAUAUGAGUUCACAUUCGAAAUGGUGUCUGACAAGAUAGAGCUCUUACCUUUCCACUGCAACACGAUGAAAGGAUACGUGGAAGGCGGUACCUCUUGUGAGGUUACAUUUACCUUCGCUCCCAGUGCACCAGGGGUUUAUGAAUCUCAGUGGAAAUUUUCGAUACAGCAACACAAUAUAUGUAUUAACUUACUGGUGGUUGGCUUGGUUAGAGAGCCCAAUGUAGUGUUUGUGCCCACCAUUUUAAUAGUACGGAACUCUUUGGUGGGCUUCAGUAUCACUGACACUGUGAUGUUGACGAACAAUGAGGAAGAAACCCUAAAAUUCGAGUUUAAGGGUAACUCGCUGUUGAAUGAGUCCGGCAAAACACCCGUGAUUAUGGAGCCGGAGAGUGGAAUAUUGAAGCCUCGUUCGGCGGCGCCGAUCAAAUUUAUUUACACCCCAGUUGAUGAUGGUCCCUUGUCGUUCAAGAUAUUUUGUGCCAUCACUUACAUGACCAAGUAUUUGACGUUGUGCGUCAAUGCUCUAAGUCUCUCAAUAAGACCAAAAGUAACCUACUUUUUAAUCGGCAACGAGCAUGUACUUGAUAGCAAAGCUAUUACAAAUAUACAUUUGGAUCAGACCGCUUCAACAUACACAAGAACGUUGACGUUUAUGAUAACGAACGAGGGUUCAUCGACGUUCUUCUACGAGUGGGGCUACAACAGCUCGGCGGUUAAGAAGUACCUGACAGUGGUGGUUGAGCCGCGAGCGGGGCACGUGGCGCCCGCGAGCCAGGCGGAGUGUACCCUGAGCUUUACUCUCAAAACUGUGCCAGUGCAAGCUUUUCCUGUGACGCUCUACAUUGUGGACGGACCGGAAUACAGUAUACUCCUCCACUCAGAAAUAGAAAAACCAAUGUACCAUUUCUCCUGCAAGGAUUUCGAUUUUGGAAAAUGCAUAAUCAACGCACCGGACAACACGUACAAGAAAACCGUGGCUUUUGUGAACGAUGACAAAGUUCCUAUUCUCCUUGCCUUGGAUUUUGAAACUCUGCCUGAGCUCCUCGUGGACUACAAGCCAGUGCCUGCAAUCCAGCCCAAGGAGCAGGUUAAAGUGAAAAUAUUUUUUCGUCCGAAACAACCGACGGAGUAUGAUUUCCAAAUAAAAUUCUGGGUUAAUUCACUCUGCGAAGAAAUCGUUACUGUUAAAGGAGAAGGUGUAAAGUGCCUUUUCGAUUUAUUCGAAGGGUGCGAAAAGAGUUUCGACAUGGGGCCAGUAAAAGUGGGCUCUAAGAUAGUUCGUCAGAUAGAGGUGAUGAACCACAGCAAAGUGGCCAUAGACGCCAGUUUUAUAUUCAAGGAGAUGUACCCCGUGGUAGAGGACACGCUUCAGUCGGAGGCGACGAGUGUAUGUCUCGAUCCCGGUGAUACUGGUCCUGUGACCGACCAGGGACCUUCGAGAACUCAAAUGGUGAAAAAUUACAACGAUGACAAGAUCCGAAAUCAAAUCGCGAUGGAUAUUCAAAAUGCACUGUCGUCAUUAAAGGUCAUCCCUAAAGAAUGCAAGAUACUGCCUUACAGAAAAAUCCCAUUGAAGAUUCAAUUUAAACCUGUUGGCAUGAUCAGCGAUUUGAACGUUCAGCUGAACAUGAGAGUGCUAAACAUCGAGCGGCCGCUAGUGCGGUUGAGCGGCAGCGCAACCGGCAUGAGUCUGUGUCUCAGCCAGGACUCGCUGCAGUUCGGCCGCGUGCGCAUUCGCGGUUGCAAGAUACUAAAGGUCAUGUUACUGAAUAAAGGGGACUUCGGGGCCAGAUUUUGGUGGCAACCCUUGAUGUCUGACGAGUUUACAAUUUCGCCGAUGCAAGGCCACAUCGCGGCACACACUAACGUGACCUACACGAUUACCUACCGGCCAAAAAGCCACAAUCCGUUUGUCAAAUUAUGGGCUAGCUGCAAUAUCGAGAACUACAAGUCACAGGAGCUAGCCCUGUAUGCCGCCUGCUUGGACGUGGGCGACGUGGCGGCCAAGACCGUGUUCAUGGAGUGUCCGGUGCGAGAGGUCCAGACUAGUUACGUGCCGGUUACGAACCCAACCGAUGGGACAUGGCUGGUGCUAUCGGAGAUGCCUCCCGGACCAUUCUCCACGUUAGCCCAGUGUAACGUCGAACCUAACUCAGUAUUCGACAUCCCGAUCUAUUUCAAGCCGAAAAUUAUGGGAAGACACGAGAACGAAUUGUUAUAUACUAAUUUGGGAGAAGGCGCACUUUUCAUAAGUCUACUUGGCAUAGCGCUGCCGCCGAAUCCUAACGGACUAAUAACCAUCAACGUGGCUGCCAAGGAUGUUCACACGGAGCUUUUGAAGGUUCAUCAUAUCACCGAGUCCCCAGAAUCAUACGUAGUGUCGACGGAGGUAGUGAAGGUGAUCCCCGAUAAGUUCGACGCUUUCUACGAGAUUAAGCACCCGGAGACCGUAAAAGUGUGGGGCGAAACGUGUGCCACGUGCCGCUGGGAUUACGCGUGCUAUGGCGAGUGUGAGAUGCACAUGAAAGUGGUGUUCGUACACAAGGAAACACGCGAGUACCAGUUCUACGAGAUCGUGGCGACUGUCACCCCAAGCGAGAUCGUAGACACGCUGACGUUGACGUCACGGGCGCGCGAAACAGUUCAGCGGGAGAUAAUUGUGCACAACCCGUUAGCCGUAACGGUUACCUUCUUCGUGCGCUGCCAGCAACUGGACUGUCCUAGCACCAUUGAAAUAGGAAGGCAAUCACAGGCGCCACUCGUAAUGUCCUACUCGCCAUUGGUAGUAGGCGAAAGCGAGGAGUACUUGGAGGUUUACAACAAUUUCGUCGGAACAUACAUGUACAAGAUGAUACUGAAGUGCUUGCCGGCCAAAGCGAAGGAGCUAGAGGUAGACACACCGAUCGGCACGCGGGUCCCGAUGAGGCUUCGAGUCCAGAACAGGAGUCCCGUCAAAGCGGUCUUCACAAGCGCAGUCACCCAUCCCUCAAUCACGACUGACAAAGAGUAUUUCCUCGGUCCGUUCGAAAAGGGCAAGUUCCUCGUGUGGUUCGAACCGACCGAAGUUGGGGUUCAGCAAUGCACGGUUUCGUUUGAUUCGCCGGACGCCGGAGAAUUCGUAUAUCACAUAAAGGGAACGGCAAAAGUACCAAAGCCCCAGGGGCCAUUUGAAGUCAAGGCAGGUGGUUUCGCAGCGAUAACAUUCAAAAACGUAUUUAUGGACAACAGAACGUUUAAGAUAUCUAUCGAUAAACAGGAAUUUUACGUUAAAAAUCCUGUCGAAAUAAUACAAUCUAAAAAGGAAACGAAGGUGUUAGUGUACCUGAGCGACAAGUGGGUGGGCGGCGCGCCGACCGGCUGCCUCAGCAUCGAGAGCCUCGAGCCGCCGGAGCCGCGCGCCCAGUGGACUUACUUCCUGCAAGGAAUCCCGUGACUUUUCUAUUGUUUAUUUACUUUCCUAUCGUUAUUAUUUCUUUAUGUUAUAAAUAUAUUUUAGCACGUU